UACUGUGUGAGCUGUGAUUGGUCACAGCUUGUCACAUGGUACAAGGCUGUUGUGAAUAGCCUUGUACCAUAUGAUCCCUGUGAUCAUUCACAGAUAUCACACGUAGUAAGCAAUGAUGUCAGAAGUGACAUCUUGCUUACUAUUGUUUAUGUGAUCACUGAUUGGCCAAUCAGUGGUCACAUGAUCGGGACCUCACACAGAGGUCCCGUACAACGAUCGGUGUUCCGCUGCGUCCUCCGGACACAGCGGCCACCAGUUUGUGGUGCUGCUUGCUCCCCAGGGCCCACACACAAGCAGGGAAGCAGAGAUAUCAUUUAUAAUUGGCCACCCGCCCCUGCACUGCUCCCGUCCGGCAGUUUAUAUACAUGGGUCGGACGAGAAGUGGUU